GAGGAACGCCAACAUCACGGAGCCAAAAUCACAGUAUUUCUUCAGUUAAGGCCUUUUCGAUUGCAUGGAAUCAUCGUCAAAUGCUUCGACAUCUUCCUCAGAAGCGCCGGAACGUCCCCUUCCAUCAACGCCAUUCUACUCUGUCGAAUACCCGGGUUAUGUUCAGUCCUCAUCUGUUCCGCUCGCAAUUCGUAGCUUGGGUGGCCAGAUUAAUCUGGACAGCGCAUUCAAGCGUACCGCAUCUAAACAUGACGCCUUACUAGAACUCAACCUAAGGCCCGGGAACCCUUUCGCGCAUCCCAUUCCUGGCGAUGUAGUGGGCACGAAUAACAUUGUGCUAAAGAUUAUCAAAAGGAAACGUCGGAGGCUUAAUGAUGGAGAUCAACCUAUCGGGGAGUACACUGCGGAGGCCAUAGGGGUCAUUCCAAAGACGGCCAGAUUUCGCAGCAUGGCGGACUACCAGUAUCAACCUGACAUGAAUGAUCCUUUAUCUCAAUUGCGUCUUGCUAUGGAUCGCAUGGACGUCGAUGCUAUCCGAAACUACAGGAUACCGGACGAAAAAGAAGACUAUAUUAUACAUCAACACGACGUAUCUCCAAACCUUGACCCCGCGCUCGCCGAACAAAGUAGGCAACAAGCUCCCAGUCAAAGUAACCUACGCCUUUUCCCUCCUCCAGUAUUUAGCAGGCAAGGUAUACCGCAAAACUACAACUUCAAGGCGAACCCAGCCUCUAUGGUCACUACUGUCGUAGACGAUGAAACUGGCGAAGAGAAAAAGAGGCUAAUCAAUAAAUCGAGAUGGAGAGGUUACGGGCCCGCCACCAUCAUGUUCGUAGAUCAAGCGAUACCGGAUGGUCCUCCAUCCAGCGUCUUAGCCGCCCGUGAUCAAAUGGAUCAGAGUAUUCUGAAAAGCUUGCAAGAGCUUUUUGCCGAACGGCCUAUCUGGACUCGGAUGUCUCUUUUCAACCAUUUUACGCCUCAGGAGGCACGAGAGAUACACAACUCGAAGGCAUUAUUACCACUAGUAUGCUAUGUGUUUCAAGAUGGGCCUUGGAGAGACACGCUCGUUCGCUUCAACUAUGACCCACGGAAAACUGUGGAUGCUCGCUUCUAUCAACGCUUGUACUUCAGAAAUGCAAACCACCCUAUUGCGCGUCCUUCCGUGGUAUCCCGUCGGCAGGAAACUCGAUCUAAUCCUGGGUUCCAAUCUUACUCAGUUGAACAAGUGGAAGCACUAGAGGCAGAGAGACGAAAAUCCCAUAUCUUUGAUGGAGUCACACUCACCAAGGAGACUGCUGCCUUUCAGCUAUGCGAUAUACAUGAUCCCAUGCUCAAAGGGAUGAUCGAAGAUGACGACGAUCUCCGUGAAGUUUGCGAUGAACGUGAUGGAUGGUAUAGUGCCCAUGCAUUCGAGAGGAUAAAGAUGGUGUUGCGACACAAGUUCUUUUCGUUGCUAGAAGGCUACGUCGUAACUGACGAAGAAUGUAUUGCGUUGCUCGGACAAGAACCAGGGGCAAGUAAACCGACCAGUAUACACGCAAAGAAACUCAGAGCUGGAAAGCACAACAUGGCCAAAGGGGCUCUGCGGCCUGAAGACGCAGCAGCUGCUCGAUUACGGGCUACACUGGAGCGAAACGCCAAAAACUUGCAGGCAACUCGUCGUGGUGAAAUAUCGGGGAGUAAUAUGCAUACAUCAGAUAGUCGGCAAUGAAAUCCAUGAUUGGAUGUUUUGUGUGAA